AUGGACGCAAUAAUUGGUCGCUCAUAUCCUACGAGAGGUACGAAGCGUUCAUACAUUGAAGAUUCUGUCGAAGAACCAGAUAAAAGGAAUGAAAAAUGGCAUUCAUAUAUAGCUGAAACAAAACGAGAAUUUCUGUACUUGAAAGACAGUCAUCAUAUCACAGAUGCAGGACUCAAAGCUAUAUUCAAGUUUUAUACGACUCAUAAAAGACUAUAUUCAUUGGGAGAAGUUGAGAAGUUACAGAAUAAAACAAAUGCUAAAUUUCCAGUGAUUUUUAGUAAAAGUAGUGCUUAUAUCAAAUUUGAUUAUGCGCUCAGAACUGCUCUUUUUGUAGCACAAAAGUACGCAGAUAGUCUUGAAAAGCUAAACGAACUAACCUUUCGGUUCAACAUGGAUGGUACUUUAAUCGGAAAUAAGCACAUAGCAAUUUCUAUAAAUUGUAUUGAAGGAGGACGUGACUGUCAAAAAGCAAAGAAUUUGGUUUCCGUCGGUCUUCUUGAAGUACAAAAAGAAAAUAGCGAAUUAUUAAGAAAAAGUCUUCCGCAAGAGUUCAUCGAUGAUAUACGUUAA